CGUUUCUCUUCUCUCGCUAUUGCCUCCAGAUCUUUUCACACACAUUACAAAUACCUUUCACUCUCUCUUUCUCUCUCUUCCUCACAUUCUCUGGACAUACAAACUCUCUCUCUCUCUCUCUCUCUUCAAAUCAAAACCUAUCACAACAUACAAAUCCCAAAUCCUCUGUCUAUAUAGCUUCCUUUUCUCAUAUAAAAGAACUCUUCUUUCGAAUCCUUCCCGCUCCCUCUACACCUUUUCACUCUUUUCCCUCUCGAUUCGCUCCACGCGCACAUCACAACCCUAAUUUCUUUCUUAUAGCUCUGCGUUUGGGUUAUUAAAUUAGGGUUUGAUGGCUGACCAAGGAUUGGAAGGGAGCCAGCCGGUGGAUCUACAGAAGCAUCCUUCUGGGAUCGUGCCUACCCUUCAAAAUAUUGUGUCCACAGUCAAUUUGGACUGUAAGUUGGACCUCAAAACAAUUGCACUACAAGCUCGUAACGCUGAGUACAAUCCCAAGCGUUUUGCUGCUGUUAUUAUGAGGAUAAGAGAGCCCAAAACAACUGCACUUAUUUUUGCUUCUGGCAAGAUGGUUUGUACUGGAGCUAAGAGUGAACAACAGUCUAAAUUGGCGGCCAGGAAGUAUGCUCGAAUUAUCCAAAAGCUUGGUUUCCCAGCCAAAUUUAAGGAUUUCAAAAUUCAGAACAUUGUUGGCUCUUGUGAUGUCAAGUUCCCCAUACGGCUGGAGGGUCUUGCGUAUUCUCAUGGUGCUUUCUCAAGUUAUGAACCAGAGCUGUUUCCAGGUCUAAUCUACCGUAUGAAGCAACCUAAAAUAGUGUUGCUUAUAUUUGUCUCUGGAAAAAUUGUUCUAACAGGAGCUAAGGUGAGAGAUGAGACGUACACUGCCUUUGAAAACAUAUAUCCUGUACUUACUGAAUUCAGGAAAAACCAACAAUGAUUUGUCAAGAAAGAGCAGGAGCAGCGGGUCUUGCAGAGAAGUUCGUGGAACUGUAAAUACUAAGACAAAGGAGAUGAUAUCUAGAUUGAUAUAAAUUAAAGACAGCCGUUUGUGUUGCCUUGUAUCUGUUUUUUGAUUGAUCUUCUUUCUUGAUGUAGUAAAGUGCCAGACAUUGUUCUAUUGAUUUAAAAUUUAAAAAGAUGAUUGAGUCAGAAAUUAGAAAAAAAAAAUGGAGAGCAAAAUGCAGUAGUAGCACAUUCAGUCCUGACAUUUCAAUCUGUUUUGAUAACUGUUUCUACUAAUUAUCCUUAGUUAGUACUGGACAUUUUGAUCAACAAAUCUAAUAUUUUGAUGAUGGUACUACUUGAAUUCAGUAUUUUGGACAUGGAUUUGGUUCCAUAAUGUGUAGUUCUCAAGAGAAUAAAGUUAAACUUGUUCAUUAGAA